AUGGGGGUCACGGACAUCUUCGACGCCCUCGGUGACGGCGCCAGCGCACCCAGCCCAGCCAGCACAAGCAGCAUCCAGAGCUUCACCCGCCAAAUCGGCGCCGUCGAGGAACCGGAGGCCGCACAGCAGGCGCAGGAGGACGGGCCGCCGCUGCCGUCGGCGGACAGCUACCCCCCAGGGGUGAACCCGGCGGCGGCGGCGAACGAGGCGGUCGCAAGGGCGCGGGCGGGGUUGAAGAAGCCGGUGUACGCGGUGUCGGUGAAGGCGACGCGGAACAACACGAUCGUGACGUUCGCGCGGCCGAAGGGCGCGCAGCUCGUGACGCUCACGGGUGGGAAGCUCGGGUUCAAGAAGAGCAACCGGAACGGGUACGAGGCGGGCUACCAGUGCGCGGUGGGCAUCAUUGGCGCGAUGGAGAAGGAGCUCGAGCGGACGGCGUUCGAGUGGGAGCUGAACUUGAAGGGCUUUGGGCAGGGCAGGGACGCGAUGCUCACGGCGAUCACGACCGCGGUGGGCGAGCGAGUGAAGCCGCUGCUGACGCGGGUGACGGACAGGACGCCGUUGAAGAUUGGUGGAACGAGGGGUCAGAAGGCGAGGAGGAUAUAG